UAAAUAUGCAGAUGCAGAGGUGUUGGGCCACGCCUGCAAUGUGCUGGCUGCUUUUGCCAUCACAGCCACAGUUGGCGACAGAAAUCCUCUGUCUGUGCUGGUUCUGCCCUGGGUGGUGAUGGCUGGUGGGGCACUGCAGCUGCUGUGCGGUUCAGUAGCCUUUGCUCGAGGUAAAACCUUUGAGAGCACAGUUUUUAUUCUCUACGGGGUGAUGUGGACAGUGUGGGGGUUGACACGAUACGGCGGGCUGUACGGUGAAACCAGAGGCUUUAAUUUGGCUGUCGGGAUCAUUAGCUUCAUGCUGUUUAACUGUUUGGUGACAGCUGCAGCGCUCUUUCUAAAUGUCACCUGGUUCAUCUACGCACUCACCUUCCAGCUCAUCCUCAUCAGCUUCCUGCUGGAUGCAGUAGGCGCAUUGCCUUUUGGUUAUGACAUUGGAGUCACCAUCAUCUUUGGCCUCAUCAGUUUUUAUUGUUUCCUGGCAAACAUUUUCAACAGCACCUUCCAGUCCCCCCAGAUCCCUUUAGGAAAGCCUCUAGUGAAGCUGAGUGGAGUAGGAGGAGGGGCAGAUAUCUGUCCUCAUGUACCAGCCCGCAAGGCCACGUCUGUGCAGCAGAUUGCAGAAAUCAUGAAAAAUGGUGGCAUAUGUGGAAUGCCGACUGACACCGUCUAUGUGCUGGUGGCGGCCUGCAACAGGCCAGACGCAGUGGUCAAAGCUUACAAGGUGAAGAAGCAGGCGCAGGACCGACCCAUGUCCCUGUGGAUCUCCUCCAUCAAACAGCUUGAACCGGUGCGACACCUGCUGAGCCCUCUGCUGCUGGACUUCAUGGAGGCUGCGUGGCCGUCCUCCAUUAGCAUGGUCAUACCCAGAGUCUUGAAGUACCCGGCGCCUGAGGACACAGUCACAGCCAGUUUUGGGAAGUUCAUCAGUGAAAUUAAGGCCCAGCACUUGUCUCCUGUGGUGCUCCACCGCAGUAAGAGGAUGGUGCUGGACAGCAUCGGAGUUGGUCUGAUUGGAAGCACGACAGACGUGUUUGAACUGGCCCUGCAGCACUGCCAGCACAUGUAUGCUCCUGAUGACAUCAGCUCUGUGUACGGACGCAGAGGCAGCAGACUCUCCCCAACACUGGCAGCUUUUGUCAACGGAGUGGCGACUCACUCCAUGGACUUUGAUGAUACGUGGCACCCUGCCACUCAUCCCUCAGGAGCCGUCCUUCCUGCUGUGCUGGCUCUUAGUGACAUGAUGCCAGCUAACAAUAAGCCCAGUGGUCUGGACUUCUUGCUGGCCUUCAACGUGGGCAUUGAGAUUCAGGGCCGACUAAUGAUGUUUUCUAAUGAGGCCCACAACAUUCCCAAGAGGUUUCAUCCUCCCAGUGUGGUCGGGACUAUGGGCAGUGCAGCCGCCUGUGCUCGCCUCUUGUCUCUGGAUCCCUCCCGGUGCAGUCAUGCCUUAGCUAUAGCUGCUUCUCUGGCAGGAGCCCCGAUGGCUAAUGCCGCCACUCAGUCUAAACCUCUGCACAUCGGCAACGCUUCACGUUUGGGGCUGGAAGCUGCUCUGCUGGCCUCCCGAGGCCUUGAGGCCAGUCCUCUGGUCCUGGAUGCUGUUGCAGGGGUGGCCGGCUUCAAUGCUUUUUACGAAGACUAUGUGCCACAGCCUUUAGGGUCACCCAGUGAUGAUGGCCACAUGUUUCUGCUCGAGGAGCAGGACAUGGGCUUCAAGCGCUUCCCUGCCCAUCUGGGAAUGCACUGGGUGGCAGAUGCUGCGGCCUCGAUCCAUAAGGUUCUUGUGGGAGUCGGUCCUGGCACCGUCUCCCCAGCUCAAGUCCAAGACAUCCUGCUCAGAGUCCCCCAGUCUAAAUACAUCAACAGGCCUUUCCCAGAGUCUGAGCACGAGGCACGCCACUCCUUCCAGUUCAACGCCUGCAGCGCUCUCCUGGACGGCGAGGUGACCGUGCAGUCCUUCAGCCCUGCUGCCAUGAGCCGCUCCGACCUGUUCUCUCUGCUGAGUCGUGUUCAGGUGGAGCAUCCCAGUGACAACCCCGCUAAUUUCAACCGCAUGUACGGUGAAGUCCAGGUUACACUCGUCGGGGGAGACAUACUAAAGGGACGCUGUGACACCUUCUAUGGUCACUGGCGAAACCCUCUGACCAACGAGAGUCUGAGGAAGAAGUUCAGGCACAACGCGGAGGUGGUGCUUCCCUCAGAGAAGGUUGAGAGGCUGAUUGAUGUGGUGGAGGAGCUGGACAGACUCGGGGACUGCAGCGCCCUUCUGUCACAACUGCAGUGAACUUUUGCAGAUAUACACAAUAUCAGGAAAAC